CUAAAGUUUGGAUGCUUGAAAGCGACCAGCCUUUAGUUUGUAGUAGAGGAGGCUCGUCUUCACACGCACUGAGGAUGGACUUCGCCUCACGGACGAGUUAAUGGACUCAAUAACCUACGCUUUAAAGCGCACUUUACUGCGGAUUUAGAAGAUACAUCGAUCCACUUUUCGACAGUUGUUCCGGUGACGGUGAAGAUUUCAGCUGUAACCGAAGUCUUUACACUGCAGCUCGUGGAUGAUCCAAGAUGACUUUAACUAAGUGGAGUCUGGUUGGAGCUUAGCACUGAUCAACCGCAGAGCACUAUGAGAAGAUGAAAUCCAGCAGCCUUUAAUCCAGAAAGGAUUCCCCUUCUCUAGACUAAGAGGCUACAAACUGUAUGUAAAGACCACUGGGAAUACAAGACUCGAAUCAAGGACACGAUCCACCCCCCUCUGACUUGCAGGAAGAUGGGAGUGAGAAAAUAACCCUCUGUGGCAUCAAUAGGAGUUUAAUGUGUUCCAAGGAAUCUUAAAACAAACCUUGUACACCCGUGUUCAUCUUAGACAAGCAGGCAACCAUGUGGACAUUAACUGGGACUGUCCACUGUCUUCCUGCUGCUGCACUGCUAUUGGCUAGCUUUCUCCAGUCAGUGAUCGCCACUGAGGAAGAUGUCAUACCUCGCAUCAGUUUCCCAUACAAUGCAAAGGAAAGAUCAGCUAAGAGGUUCUCGGCAAACGGCGUCUUUAAUUACACCUCUCUGCUGCUCAGCCAGGAAGACGACAUGCUGUAUGUGGGAGCCAGGGAGGCACUGUUCGCCCUCAGCCUCUCAGACAUCAGCAAAAUCAAGCUGCAGAAGAACCUGACAUGGGGCACUCCUGCUGGAAAAAGAGACGAGUGUAGCUUCAAAGGGAAGAACCUGGAGACUGAUUGCUUCAAUUACGUCAAAAUUCUUCUGCGGCUGAAUAGCACUCAUCUCUAUGUGUGUGGCACCUAUGCCUUCAGUCCUGUCUGCGCCUACAUAAAUACGUCAACAUUCACACUGGAGAGAGAUGAAGAGGGCGAGGUCAUGAUGGAAGAUGGGCGCAGUCGCUGCCCCUUUAAUCCAGAGUAUAAAUCAACUGCCAUCAUUGUUGAUGGUGAAUUAUAUACUGGUACUGUUAGUAACUUUCAAGGGAAUGAACCAGUCAUUUACAAGAGUUUGGGUCAGGGAACUGCUCUGAAGACAGAGAACUCCUUAAAAUGGCUGCAAGAUCCCGUCUUUGUUGGGUCAGCUUACAUCGAGGAGAGUCAGCCUAUAGGCAACUCUGUGGGCGACGACGACAAGAUUUACUUCUUCUUUAGUGAGGCGGGAAAAGAAUUUGACUUCUUUGACAACACCAUAGUGUCGAGGAUUGCUCGCGUGUGUAAGGGUGAUAAAGGGGGUGAGCGAGUCCUGCAAAAAAAGUGGACUACCUUCCUGAAGGCUCAGCUCCUGUGUUCCCUCCCCGAUGACGGCUUCCCCUUCAACAUUAUCCAAGACAUGUUUGUCCUGAAGCCCACGGGAGACAGCUGGGAGAGCACAGUGUUCUACGGCGUCUUCACUUCUCAGUGGUAUAAAGGCGCCUCGGGAAGCUCCGCGGUCUGUGCCUUCACUAUGGAGCAGGUGAAAAAAGCCUUCAGCGGGCGCUACAGAGAAGUUAACAGGGAGACACAGCAGUGGUACACCUACAACCACCCUGUACCAGAACCACGGCCUGGGGCGUGCGUGACCAACCACGCCAGGCAAAUGGGAAUCCAGUCAUCCUUGCACAUGCCUGAUAAAGUGCUCAACUUUGUCAAGGACCAUUUCCUGAUGGACAGCGCGAUCCGCAGCACGCCGCUGCUGCUCAAACGCAGCGUACGCUACACGCAGAUCGCUGUGCACAAGAUCCAGGGCAUGGAGAGAGCUUAUGAUGUGCUCUUUAUUGGCACAGAUGAUGGAAAACUCCAUAAGGCCAUCAAUGCCAAUGACAAGAUGCACAUUAUAGAGGAGAUGAUUCUGUUCGCUGAGCCGCAGCCAGUGCAGCACAUUGAGCUUGAUCCUCAAAGGGGUCUCUUGUUUGUGUCAUCUUACUCUGGCCUGGUGGAGGUUCCUGUAGCUAACUGCUCCAACUACCUGAGCUGUGGUGAGUGUGUGCUGUCCAGAGACCCUUACUGCGCCUGGACCGGACAACUGUGCCAGGAUGUCAGGAUGGCUCCACCUGACAGCCACUGGCAGCAGGACGUGGAGGAGGCUGACACAUCAGCUAUUUGCAACAGGACUCUUCCUAACCCCAGAUCUGCCAGACCAGUAGCUUCUCGUGGCUCCCCUUGUCAGCUCAUUACCAUCCCAGCCAACACAUUUAGAGUCCUGCCAUGUAAGCUGCGGUCCAACCUGGCACAGAGGAGGUGGCGUUACAGUGAUAGCGCCAGCCAGUUCCUCUAUGCUACCCCCGAGGGAAACCUGGUAGUUGUGGCUCAGUCUGAAAGGAUUGAGACCUAUCAGUGCUGGUCAGAAGAGGAGGGCUUCCACCAGCUGUUGGCCAACUACUGUGUGAGGGCAGAACCACGCCAGGAGAGUACCACUCUGAUUGGUCACUCCCGCACGCCUCACAUCACGCGCGAGGAGACCAUCAUCCUGCCUGGCGAGUCUCGCUCUGAGCAGGUCCAUACGAAGACGUACUGGAACGAGCUGAUUGUGGUGUGCGCUCUGUUGGCCUUCUCCCUCGUGGUGUUCUCCUUGUUCGUCAUCUACAGGAACCGUGACCACAUGAAGUCCAUGCUGAAGCAGGGCGAGUGCCCUAACAUGCAGCAGAAGAAGCCACGGAUAGUUGGAAAGCCCACAGAGAGUUUACCGCUUAACGGUAACACAAUCCCCGUUUCUACUUCAGAUCACAAGGGCUACCAGACGUUAAACGACAACUACAUCUGCAGCACGCCGACACACGAGUCCUCGCCAGAUAACAGCAAGAGCUUCUCCGAGGCCUCCGACAGGCGGCCGCUUAACCUGAAAGAGAGCCACGUGGAAUACUCCCCAACCUGCCCUCGGCCCAGAGUGAGGUUAGGCUCUGAGAUCAAAGACUCCAUCGUCUGAGAGCACAGCAUUCAUUAAGCGACGACACCCUGUAUCUUCACGAGGGAUACAGGCCACCGAGCAAAGGAGAGGAGACCCAGACAUCCUCCUAUAUCACAGCACAUCUUUUAUUUUUGUCAUCUUAGUUCUGUGAUCAGUGUGGAGGUCAUUUUGUUUAGUCAUUUCCACUCCGAAGCCAGAGGUCGGUCCGGUUUGCUGUGUAAGGCAGAAAAAAAUGAAGCAGCACAAUACUCCAGUUUGAGCCAGGAUCAGGAACCAUGGCAGCUGCUAAGAAUAAUUCUCACACAUUACUUUUUUCUUUCUUGGAGUCAUUCUCAUGGCCACUAACACCAUAUGUGGGUGAGCAUAAGGCUGGGCAAUAUGGGGGAUAAAAAAACAAUAAAAUAAAAAGAUAAACAGAAGACCUUUUAGUUCCAAUGUUUAUCACACUGUCUUUUUAGGUAUGCAACAAUAAAAAGUUGUCUAGUCUAGAUAUACAUCAUAUACUAUUACAACCACAGACAGCGAAUUUAAAAAUAUUUAUAUUUUACCCAGCCCUGUUUGAGUAAUCUUGCACAUUCUCUGCAGAGUGUGGCAGCCACACGUCUGUUAUUAUGCACACUAGAGCCAAGCUACAGCUACAUGGUGACCAAGAGUUCAGGUUUAGAAGUAUUAUAGUACAUGAAAUGCAUAUUCAUUAAGAUCCACGGAUUAUGGACACAAGUCAUAAACACAUUUGUCCCCAUUCGCUGAAUAAACGUCAUGACUGUAUGAGGAUAAAUAAGAUGAAAGCUGAAGCGGAGGAGGAGAAUACGCCACACCACUGUCUCAAUGAAAAAGGACUGCAACGUUAAGAUGAUAGAAUAUGUGUAAUUAUAUAUGACGCUACGCCUAUAUGCUGACGUUUACCUCCUGAAUGUAUGUUGUCGUCGAGAGAAAGUCUGUUUCACUCAAACAAAACUGCACCACAGAUGAUUUAGAGAGACGGUUGCAUUUUCGCUCAUCUGAGUCAGCCCUGCUCUUGAGUGUUGACCUGCAGAUUCCAUGAUGGGUUUCUAAAUGGACUUAAAAACAGCUGCCCCCUUUUUUUUAUGUGCGUGUGCGUAUUUGUUUGUUUUGUUUUAAUGGAACUGAAAUUCCAAGUGCAGAGAGGCAAAGGAACAAAAAGAAAUGGGGACAGCUUCACCUCCACCAUAUUUGGGGCAGCACCAAAAUCAUCGUUGUGCACUGUGCCAAAAAAAGCUAAACAAAAAUAACUUGUCUUAUCUAAAUGCAAUAGUGCCAUUCUCACAUGCCCAUCUCAUGCUUUGUGUUAGCAUUGAUCACUGUCAAAGAGCACAUGAUGACGGACCCAGGGAAUGGGUUUCCCUAAAAGUAUUGUGGCACUAAUAAUAAAUAAAUAAAUGUAAAGUGCAAGGUUGGGGAUUUCUAAGACUGUUAGCUCAUAGCAGACUUUACGGACUGCGUUGGGCAAAAUAAUUGUUGUAAAUUUUGAACCGGGGCCAAAUGUUUUACAUGGCGAUUACGUGCCAUGUGGUUGUCAGGUGUGAAAAUAUUCCAGUUUUCCUUCUGCCAUCUCACCGAGACACAUCUGAGACGGUUGAGCUCAGCUUGUCUACUUUAAGUGCUAAUCAAGCCACUCGAAAUGUAAAACUUACAGAAUAAGUAAUAACUAAUGCUGCUGUAGGGGAAAGGAAAUGUCGCGAGUUCUCUUGUCCAGACUACAGCUGUAUGAUAUCAUGGCAUAGAUACACAGACCUUUUGUAUUAGCUCAGUUUGACCCCGCCCCCACCAGGUUACAGGUCCCAGACUCGCCACACUCAGUCAGAAGUCGAGGUGACAUAAAUGUGAAAGCACAAGUAAUCAGGGUGUUGAAUACUUACAGGUUUGCACAUUUCACUAAAAUCAGAGCUUGUUCCAAGAAAUGCAACUACUGAGGUGGACGGUAUGGCUGCUAAGGAAAAUUUUUAGUAAUCAGUUAUUACAGGGACCAGUGCAGCCAUCGCAAACACUCUCGCACCCACAUUGCUUAGACUUUUGAGACUUAACGAGCAGAAUUUUCCAAAGAUGCAGAACUCCGAUCAUGUUGUGUAAAUCUGAAUGAGAAACAUUUACACAGCCGUAAGGACAACAUGGCACCACAUGUCUUAGACUACAACACCAGGUCACUGUAUUGAUUAUGUAAGCCUACAAUAUAUAUUCCAGUGUCAUGCAGGAUCAAAACUUUGCUUUUUCAAACACUGAGCAGAUGAAAUGUUAUGUAACUGCUACAAGUUGACAAAGUAACUGCACAGCAUACUGCGCAACAGUGGUCAGUGUUUCCUUUGUUUCUUAGGUUUUUGUUGUGUGUGUAUAUACAGUACCUGUGCUUAAUAUUGUGUGUUUUUAAGGGACCUUGUGCAAGAUGUGUUGUAGAGAUAGUCGUGAAACUAGAGAGUGAACACUGGUGAUUUUUUUUAUUUUUUAAAUUUUAUUUUAUUUUUCUUCUUCUUUAAUAGUGCUUUACUGCCUAAUUUAGAAAACAUUUGACCACGCUGUUAGUUUAGCAUCUGGACUAGUUUUCACUCAAGCACAUCAAAGCAGGACAGAGAUGGGGGUUUUUCAUGCUACUGAUGAAAGUUUGAUGAAGAGAUCAACAUCUUUUUUUUUUUUCCUGUAGUUAAUGUGAUGCCACAGCUUCCAGUUAGUUACUUUAGCUUAGCAUUAAAAGGGAGAAACUCUGUCUUUGUCCAAAGGUAAUCUUAGUCUGCCAUUAUGAAACGUAUAUAAUAAAAAAAGAUGGACCAAGUCUACCCGUUGGUUUUAAAGCCCUCUUCUGAAGCCUUGAUUUUAACAUUUUAUAAUUUUUGUCUUAUUGGUGCAUUUAAAACCUUCAAAUUGCACCACAGACAUAAUUAAAAGGUCCACGGCUGUGAACUAUGAAACAACUUCAGCGUAGCCAGUCUUUGCAUUAGUGGGCUUCACAAAACCUAAAACCUGCGUCAGAGGUGACGAGUAUCACAAUGAUGGUUAUCAACUUUCAGUGUUACCGCGAGCUCUCUGCUUCAGGUUCUGCUCAUGCAAAAAGGAGCUUUUCACGUGUCAUUUGACUUUUCUUCCACUCAAAACGGAUCAACUGAGUCACAUCUACUCCAGUCACAUUAUGAGAGGAGUGGGCACAUCUCUAAAGAUUAUUAUUUUAAAAAAUGACAGUAAAUUGCUAAACCAGAGCUGCGAAGAAAAUGACAGUAAUAAUCCAAAAGUUGUUAAUCUUGUGAAUUCAUGAUCAUCACAAGGGUACCAAGUGGCAAAAUGAAUAAACUCAACUUGUAUUUUUUUUUUAUUGCAGUUUCAGUGCUGCUGUUUAUUUCUCAUAUGACAGCUGCACAUUCAAACUCUGAAACUUGAUAGUUUAAGAAUGACUUACAAUGAUUGAGCAGGUUGUUUAUAUAAAGCAUGACUCCCAACAGAAAAUCUAGAUCAGACAUUGAAGCAUGUCAUAAAUGAAAUAACAAUUUUACCUUGAAACUUUAAACGUAUAAUUAAGGUUAGGGUUCUAUUUUCACCUGAAGUUACCACAGUGAUCUAGCCAGGUGAAAGGAGAGCCUCCUUUAUGAUUCUGAAAACUGAUUUUUUUUUUUUUUUUUUUUGCUUAAAAUGGCUGUGAAACUAUAACCUUCAUAGCACACCCCUCAUUUGAGCAACGAGCAUACAGCUAGCAGCUACAAGCGCCCGUGUCAGCAUUGAUCUGUCAUUCAAGCUGCCACUUUCAUAAAUAUCAUUUUAAUGGAAUUUAAAAAGGAAAAUUACUGAAGUCAUUUCUGUACCAGGCUGUGAACAUGAUUAUUUCUGCCUUGAAGUUGGGAGUUUUGACAUGGGGAUCAACUUAUCUUUGGGUCCAGCCUCAAGUAGCCAUUAGACAAAUUGUUCUUUAGGUGUCCGCCUAAAAAGUUCCCUAAAGUAUCAAUUUUUAACACUUUGGCUUUAGACUAUUUAUCAAAAGCAGAUGCAGUCUUUUCUGCCGUUGGCUUUGCAUAUGCUGGUAUGAGCAGACAAGCUGGUUCCUCCUUUUUUUCAGACUUUGUGCUAAGCUGGGGUAUCAGGCUUCUAGCUGUAGUGCAUAAAUACGAGCGCGAUAUCAAUCUUAUCUAACUCUCAGCAAGAAAACAAAUAUUCUUUUCCAAAACUAUUGCAAGCUGAGACCAAGCAAACAAACCAGAGUAUUGCAUUUGCCAACAGAUGGAUAACCAGAAUGAAACUGAUUCCAGAAGGCUUGUGUUUUUCCAUUUCUGCUAACACAGAUUUUUCUAAACUAUAUGAUAUCUUGGUAGCCUGCUUUGAUUUGUUUGGUGGAUAACUUCACAGCAUAAAAUGCCUUUGGAUAUCACAUUGCUCUGCCUUUAGCCACGUGCCACAUUGUACACUACCCAGCAGUGACCUCACCAACACAAACAUGGUGAAUGGCGUGAUUGUAGCCCUCAGUGGGCAUGUUUAACUCCACAACGCAACACGGGUCAACAGUAGAUUUACAAAUUCACCUAAGCCACCAUUAACUUAACCUGCUAACUAGACUGGGAGCUGCUCAAAAUCUUGUACCAUUCUGCAGCCUUUGCUCAUCUAAGAAAAAAAAAAUGGUGCUGUACACACUGGAAGCAUCACUUCCUCUGGUGAGGUCACCUAUUUAACAAUACACCACCUGAUCUCGUUUAGAAAUGCUGAAGUUAAAAUGCAGUUGGACCUUGCCAAUUAAUAAGCUUAGAUGAAAUAUAUACUGUGUGAUAACUUUGCAUAUUUAUCAAUGAUGGGCCUUUUCCAUAAAAGGCAAACAGUAGUACAACAGUUUUGAGUAGCUCCUUAUUAAUGCAACAUACUGUACUGGAUAUGAAUGUAGCCAACUAUAUAUUUGUAGAACACCUACUGCAGUAUAUUUUCCUAAAAUGGCUUAAGUAGGCAAUCCAUUGCAACAUCUUUUUUAGGAUUUUAUUUCUUCAGUCAUAAAUGCAAAGAAACGACAUCAUACAAUUAAUAAACCAUUUGUGCUGCAUGGUAUAGUACGUGAACAAGAUGCAAGCACAGCUCCAGAUCCUCCAUAUCAGCUCAGCCAUGAGACGGCGACAGCCUCGCCUCAGCGUAUCGAACAUCAUAAGCUUAGUUGACUGAAUAACGAUUAGACAAAUGUGGUCUUGCCUGCAUGAUUUCUUCUUCUUUUGUUAUUAUUAUUAUUAUUUGUUGUGUACAAAU